AAACAAAUACUCGAGGACUUCAAAUAUAAUUACAUUUCCCGCCGCAACUACACUAGCAUGCUAUUCCGCCACAUACUCCUCCACCACAGCCGCCGUUUCUCCUCCUCUGCUGCAAUAACUCCUCCCUUAAUCACUCCUACACUCCUCAAACAAUGCAAUUCAGUUUCUCAGGUAAACCUUAUCCACCAACAAACACUUGUCCAAGGCCUCAUUACCCAUUUCUCCACCAAUCUCAUUUCCACUUACAUUGCUAUCAGCUCUCCUUCCCAUGCCCUCUCCCUCCUCCAAAACCUCACUCCCUCUCCUUCCGCUGUCUACUUCUGGAAUGCACUGAUUCGCUAUUCCAUCCGACCCGGACUUUUGAACCAUGCCUUUGCUCUUUUCCGUAACAUGUGGAGACUGGGCUGGACUCCUGAUAAUUAUACUUUUCCUUUGGUUUUUAAGGCUUGUGGGGAUUUAAUGUGUUGUAGACUUGGUGCUUCGAUUCAUGGUGUUGUUUUUUCAACCGGGUUUGAGUCUAAUGUGUUUGUUUGUAAUGCUAUUGUGGCGAUGUAUGGAAGGUGUGGUGAAUUAGACUGUGCGCGCAAACUGUUUGAUGAAAUGUGUGAGAGAAGGGUGUAUGAUUUGGUUUCGUGGAAUUCGAUUGUCGCUGUUUAUGUGCAAAGAGGGGAUUGUAAGAAUGCGUUGAGGUUGUUUGAUAGAAUGUGUAAACUGGGUGAUAUUGAUAUGAGGCCGGAUGUUGUUAGUCUUGUGAAUGUGCUUCCUGCUUGCGCAUCGAUGGGUGCGUGGUUGCAUGGUAAAGCAGUGCAUGGUAUUGCAGUGAGGAGUGGGUCGUUUGAGGAUUUGUUUGUGGGUAAUGCUUUGGUGGAUAUGUAUGCGAAGUGUGGAAUGGUGGAUGAGGCAAGCAAGGUUUUUGACAGGAUUAAGGAGAAGGAUGUGGUAUCUUGGAAUGCUAUGGUUAAUGGGUAUUCACAGAUUGGUAGGUUUGAGGAUGCUCUUGGUUUGUUUGAGAAGAUGAGGAAGGAGAAUAUUGAGUUGAAUGUUGUGUCUUGGAGUGCUGUUAUUGCAGGAUUUGCACAGAGAGGACUUGGGUGUGAAACUUUGGAUGUGUUUCGGGAAAUGCAAGUUUGUGGGUCGAAGCCAAAUGAGGUUACCCUUGUGUCUCUUCUUUCUGGUUGUGCAUCGGUUGGAGCAUUGCUUCAUGGGAAGGAGACUCAUUGUUAUGCCAUAAAAUGCAUGUUGAACUUUGAGGGGAGUGAUCUUGAGGAUGAUCUUAUGGUGAUUAAUGCUUUAAUUGACAUGUAUGCAAAGUGCAAAAGUAUCAAUGUGGCACGCACCAUGUUUGAUUCCAUAGAACCAAAGGAUAAGGAUGUGGUAAGUUGGACUGUUAUGAUUGGUGGAUAUGCCCAGCAUGGUGAAGCCAAUGACGCAUUGGAAUUGUUUUCCUGGAUGUUCAAACAGGAUGCAUUAGUAAAGCCGAAUUGCUUCACCAUAUCUUGUGCCCUAAUUGCAUGUGCUCGUUUGGCUGCACUGAGGCUUGGUAGACAAAUUCAUGCUUACAUAUUACGCAAUCAUUUUGACUCUGCCUUUCUUUAUGUGGCCAAUUGUCUCAUUGAUAUGUAUGCAAAAUCUGGAGAUAUUGAUGUAGCUAGAUUUGUGUUUGACAAUUUGAAGCAGAAGAAUUUUGUUUCUUGGACAUCCCUAAUGACAGGUUAUGGUAUGCAUGGCCGUGGUAAAGAAGCUCUUGAGGUUUUUGACGAGAUGAGGAGAGUGGGCCCUCAGCCUGAUGGUGUAACCUUGCUUGUUGUGCUCUAUGCUUGCAGCCAUUCAGGAAUGAUUGAUCAGGGGAUUAAAUUUUUUAACAGCAUGAGCAAGGAAUUUGGGCUUAUUCCUGGUCAAGAACACUAUGCUUGCAUGGUUGAUCUACUGGGCCGUGCUGGUCGCUUAAAUGAAGCUAUGGAGCUUAUUGAAGGUAUGCAAAUGGAACCAAGCUCAAUAGUGUGGGUGGCAUUGCUUAGUGGCUGCAGGAUCCAUGCAAAUGUGGAAUUAGGGGAACAUGCUGCAAAGCAACUGUUGGAAUUGAACUCAGAAAAUGAUGGAUCUUAUACCCUUCUUUCAAACAUAUAUGCCAAUGCCAGGCGCUGGAAAGAUGUGGCCAGGGUCCGAUCUUUGAUGAAAAAUAGUGGAAUUAGGAAGAGACCUGGCUGCAGUUGGGUCCAGGGAAAGAAAGGCACUACAACCUUCUAUGUUGCAGACAAGACUCAUCCACAGUCAAAGCAGAUAUAUGAAAUCCUGAGAAGUCUGACUCAACGGAUUAAAGUCCUUGGAUAUGUUCCAGAGACCAGCUUUGCACUUCAUGAUGUGGAUGAUGAAGAGAAAGUUGAUCUUCUUUUUGAACAUAGUGAGAAGUUGGCCCUUGCCUAUGGCAUCUUAAUAUCAACUCCAGGGGCACCCAUCCGAAUCACCAAGAACUUGCGUGUCUGUGGAGAUUGCCACAAUGCCAUUACCUACAUAUCCAUGAUCAUUGACCAUGAAAUCAUAUUGAGAGACUCAAGCCGCUUCCAUCAUUUCAAGAAAGGGUCUUGCUCCUGCAGAGGUUAUUGGUGAUGCUGGAAUUAUAGAUGUACAGUCAACUUUUUCCCCUUUCGAGAACUACAAGAGGGAACAAUCAUAUAGAUACCGGACGCACUCCCAUUGAUUAGAAGCAGCAGCUCCAAGUCAACUGGAUUGAUGGAAAAAGUUGCUUAAAUAACAAAACAAGAUUCAAAUGGGAGUGAGCAAAGCAGAAAGUCCUUUUCAGCUCAGCAGCAGCAAAACAGUGAAGCAAGGGCUCUCCCUAGCAGCUGCAACAUUGUACCCAGCAGAGAAAAGGAUAAACACAGAGAGGCGUUAAGAAAACAAGAAAUAAACCAAAUUAACAGUCUUUUUUGUCUAAGAUUAAAAAUGUUCACAGUUACCCUAUAAUAAAAUCAAAUCUACGGUGGAAUGAUCGUCACGAGAAUGGAACUUGCAUAUAAUGCUGAUUUUCAAUCUAAUUUGGAGAAGUUGGGAAUCUGCAUGUCUCUCAGGGAAUGGUUGACCUCUGCUCAUUCAUUUUUUGCAGCACUUUGCACUCCAUGCAUGAAAUGAAAGACCUUAUCAACUUGUAUCCAUACUUGCAGUGGUUGCAGAGAAUUAACCUGUCCCCAACUCUAUGUAAAAGAAUUUUGGGAGGAUGAAGAUGAACCUGCAUCUGUGUCGAUGCUCUUUUUGUUCCUGAAAUUAGCAGUUACUCAGCUUAUUUGCAGAAUCCAUAUGUGAUUAGCUAUAUUCAGUUCAUACCAUAUUUAUUAAAUCCGGGACGGCCCGGCAAGUCAACUCGGGACUAGGUCGACCCGGGGACUGAACCGGUCCGGAUUUGUCAAAAGACUAGCCGGUACAACGACCUGGUCAAACCUGGUCGACCUGAUAGGUCAACCCAUGACUCGGCCAAACCCUGUCAACCUUACUCAACUUAUUUGCAGAAUCCAUAUGUGAUUAGCUAUAUUCAGUUCA